AUAAGUGCCAUAUGUCAGGCAUUGAAGGAUUACCUGUUAUAACUUCAGAACCUCCUUUCCAUAAGUGACAUCACACAGCCAACCUAACAGGAAGUAUUUCUAAAUGAAAUUGCCCAAGAAAGCUCUUCCUGAACUCUAUUUCAGUUCUAAAUUGGCCAACAAUACAAGUUAUUAAUUAAUCUUGGGUACUGGCUAGGGUGUGGUUCUGAGAAAAGGAACUGAAAGUCUUCAAAAAGUCUCCCGUGUUCUGUAUAGUGAGCUCACCAGAGGAGUUCCACAUCUGAGCAGCUAGUUUUGAAGGAAAAUUCUUGGGCAGGCUCUAGGAAACUUUAUAAAACGGAGACACACCUGGUAUACCAGUAUUUCUGACUAACAGCUGACCUGAAAACUGCUUGUUUUGUGGAGAAGGAAAACUCUGCUGCAGAUAUCCAAACAAACAUCUAAAAUGAAGAGCCCCCGAACUUUUGAGGAGCAAACGGAAUGCAUCGUGGACACAUUACUCACAGGCUUCUUAAGCACCACGCUGCAGGCUGCUAAGCGGGACCUACGUUGUGCAGAUGAAACAGAUUCAGGAGAGUCUUGCUCUUUUGAUGUGGCCAUCAUUGCUCGUCGCCUUCGGAUGCUGGGUGACCAGUUCAACGGAGAAAUGGAAGCUUCUGCCAAAAACGUCAUUUCAGAAGCCAUUCGGGGACAGGCAGGAGCUGUACUGCAGGACACAGUAAUAUCUCUCAGCAAGUCCUGGUGUGCUCAGGACCCCAGCUUAGUUUAUGAGAGAGCCUUCCUGGCAGUGUCUGUGAAGCUUCUUGAAUUUGUGGCCCGCACAGCUCCUGACAUGGCAAGACAGGUGGCUGUCCCCGUAGUAAACAUGAUCAACGGGAACAGUGCCAUCCGGGAGUUUGUCCAGGGCCAGGGAGGUUGGGAGAACCUGGAGAGCUGAAGAAGAGGCGGCCGUUUGCCAGCCUGAACAUCAUUGCCUCUGUGACUGAUCAGGUGAUUGAUUUCUGGCGAUUAAAACAGACACCCAAACCAAGGCUGCUUUCUUUUGUACGGAACCGAACUCAGCUGAAUAAUUUCUUUUCUGCUGAUUGCUAACGCUGGGAGGUCUACAGAGAUCUUGUGCUUCGUGUUUUUAUGAGAGUUUUCAUGAGGUACCAUGUAAGCAAAGACCUCUAGACACAGAGUAGUGACUUGUCAAUAGGAAUUCCAGGCACCAGAGCAGGGCUUUGCUGGCGGUAGUUUGGGAAGGGGAGUUCACAGUAAACUGUUUCUUCACAGUUCGCCUUGUCCUUUGGGACAGAUCUUGUCUGCUCAUUUAGCAGUCUAAAGGACCUCAGGGAGAUUUUUGUUGGAAUCUUGCUAUUUUACGUUGGGAAUUUCCUUUUGAAUUCAUAACCCGAGUUUUGUGUUGAUUUCACCAAAGCAGAAUUAUUUUCUGCAUCUUUAGGUUGAAAGCAAAACAUAGCUGUUUCUGCAUCUGCCCUUCUACCAGAAAGGCCGACAAAAGAUAAAACAGUGAGUGCAUUUUUACUGCCACAGGAUGCAGGAAGUGCUGGCCCACAUCUAGGACAGAGGGGCCAUCCCAGCUCAGAUGAAACUCGCUGCAUACCACGGUGUUUUUCAAACCAAACAGCGGCCUCCAAACCGCAUGUGGACCUUAUACACUGCCAGUUUCCAGGCCCCCUCCUGGAGAUUCUGAUUCUGCAGGGGUGGGCCGGGCCUUGGGUCCUACCAGCUCCACAGGGGGUUCUAAUGUACAUACGGAACUUGAGAUCCCACCAUUGUAGACAAUGGAUUGGCCAAAUCCUGCCCGCUGCCUUUGUUGUCAAUUGUUUUAUUGGAUUGCAGUUACACUCACUUGUUGACAUCUUGUCCACGGCUGCUUCGGUACUGUGACGCAGAGCUGAGGACGAACAGCCAGCACCAUAUGGCCUAUAAAAUACAUUUACUGUCUGGCUCUUUACUGAAAAGUUUGUAGACCCUUGCUUUAAAGCUAAAUGAACAUUUCUCCCUGGAUGAUUUAAAUUCUGUUGCAAUCCCCAUAAUUCCUGCUGAACACCAUUGUAGAUAGGAUAACUAGAAUUUAGUCAAAGAGUAUUUGUUGGUUCUUGCAUAGUCCACACUUUCUCUAGGACUUUGGGAAAUCAGAAAGCUCUGUGACUCCCGAUUGGAAGUGACUGGAAGCUAUGGUAUGUGUAUCUCGAAAUAGUCCUUAAUAAUUUGUAGAUUAGUAGCUGGUCAUCACUCUUACAUCCCUAAGUCCCCAAACCAGACUACUUACCUGGCUGUCAAGAAGAAGAGCAUUGUUGGGGCACCUGGGUGGCUUAGUCGGUUAAGCGUCCGACUUUCGCUUAGGUC